CUCUCUCUCUUUCUCUCUCUGUCUAUAGCUACAACUCUCUCACUUCAAGAGUCAAAGCAAGCAAGAAGAAUUUGAAAUCUUUUUUGAAACGUUUAUGGAGUGAAUGUGAGAGGGUUGUGUUUUGAGUCAUGCAUCCUGGUCAAAGAACCCGAACAAAAGAUCAGGCAGGCACCGACCGCGUCAUUCUAAUCAGAAGAACAAGUACAAAUCAAAAGGUGUUGCUUUUCUUUCUCUCUUUCUAGAUCCAGUAAUGAAACUGGAUUGAAAAUCCAUGGAUUUUGUUGAAGAAGAAGAAGAAGAGCAAAUGGGUGCUAUUAGUAAAGGUAAGCUCAUGAUUCCGUCUAAUUCCUCAUACACGUCCUUCUCCUCAUCAUCUGCUUCGUCUUCUUCUUUGAAUUCCCAAAUGGGUUCUUGGUUGGCAAACAAGUAUGACCCGGAAGAGGAUCUUAUGGAACUCUCACCACCACAACCACCACCGCCUCCGACUGAGAAGGAACACAUGUUUGACAAAGUUGUGACACCGAGUGAUGUGGGUAAGCUGAAUCGGCUAGUGAUUCCCAAACAACACGCGGAGAAGUACUUCCCGCUCGAUUCGAGGACCAACGAGAAGGGGCUUUUGUUGAAUUUCGAGGACCGGAACGGUAAGCCGUGGAGAUUCAGGUACUCCUACUGGAAUAGCAGCCAGAGCUACGUUAUGACCAAAGGAUGGAGCCGGUUUGUGAAGGAGAAGAAGCUCGACGCCGGUGACAUUGUCUCGUUCCAGCGUGGCGUUGGUGAAUUAGGUAAAGACCAGCUCUACAUCGACUGGCGCCGCCGCCCUCAUCAACAAGAAACUCAUCCCCACCUGCCUCUUCACGCCAACAACCAAAUCACUCAUUUUCGGUCAAUUCCUUGGAGUCCGUUAUUGAUGCCCCCUCCUCCUCCUCGUCAGCUGAUGCCACCUACGCCCCGGGACCACCACCACAACCACAACCACCUGUAUCAAAAUCAGUACUGCUCCUCCACUGGUGGUGGUGGAGGCGGAUACGGGUAUAAUUACGGAUGUAGCCCUGGAGGGGUUUACAUGAGAUCUGGAGGAGUAGGAGUACAGGGUGGAAUGAUGAGAAUGCAAUGGGGGCAGCAAGAUCAUGAUCAUGAUCAUCAGCGUCAGCAUAUUCAUAAUCAUAAUCAUGAGGUGGAGCCAAUGGUGUACGAGUCGGUGCCGGUGGUCCAAGGGAAAGCGGCAGCCAAGAGGCUGAGGCUGUUUGGGGUUAACAUGGAGACUACUACUACCAUCAGAGACGAUGACAUCUUGUCCUCCACUUCAAUAUCUCAUGCUGCUCCGCCGCCUACAAACACAAUAGUAAACUCGAUUUUAACUCAUCAACAACUCAGGCUCUACAAUGGCACGCCACUACAAGCGGCCGCCACCAUGGCUAGUCCUAAUACUAUUGAAUUUGUCAACAAAGGGAGUAGUGCUACUUCUGGUUCCUUGAAUUUGGAUAUCUAGAGCUACCCAAAUGUGUAUAAACAAUUUUACUAAUAUAUGAUAUUAUUUUAUUUUAUUU